AUGGCCGCCCCAAAAGCACGCAAAUUAGAACUGAAAUGGAUACAAAUGAGAAAAAUGGAAAAAUUGUGUGGAAUAUGUCGUCUUCCCGGGCAUACGAGGAAACAUUGUCCAAAUGUUGGAACAAGUUCUAGAUAG